CAGCCCUUCUUGGGUUUCUUCUUGAGAUAAAUAGUGAAUUUUAACCAAUAAUUCUAUAAUUUUUUUACCGAAUUUAACCAACAGGAACCAUAAAUGAAGCUUCUAAAACCCAGUUGGGUUAAUCACGAUGAUAAGCCAAUAUUUUCUGUGGACAUCCACCCUACAGGGAAGAGGUUUGCGACUGGUGGGCAGGGUGGAGACUCUGGGCGAGUGGUUGUAUGGAACUUGAACUCUGUCCUAUAUGAAAAUGUGGAGGUGGACCCGAACAUACCGAAGAUGUUGUGCCAGAUGGACAAUCAUUUGGCAUGUGUCAACUGUGUUCGGUGGAGCAAUGCAGGCCGAUACCUGGCUUCCGGUGGAGACGACAGACUGGUCAUGGUGUGGGGGCUCAGUGUGGUUGCCAAUGGUACUCCUGGAAAGCUGAAAGCUGAGACGUGGAGAUGUAUAGCCACUUUGAGAGGCCAUGCAGGCGAUGUUCUGGACCUGGCCUGGUCUCCGCUAGACAAGUGGCUGGCCAGCUGCAGCGUUGACAACACUAUCAUCAUCUGGAAUGCGGAGAAGUUCCCGGAGAUGGUCUGUGUGCUUAACGGCCAUACUGGAUUGGUGAAAGGUGUUGCUUGGGACCCUGUUGGCAAAUACUUGGCAUCGCAGUCUGACGAUAAAUCACUUCGGGUCUGGAAGACUGCCGACUGGGCGCAAGAAACGGUCAUCACUGAGCCUUUCGAAGAAUGUGGCGGCACAACCCACGUACUCCGUCUGUCCUGGUCCCCGGAUGGUCAAUAUGUAUUAUCCGCCCACGCUAUUAACGGGGGCGGCCCCACCGCACAAGUGGUAGAGAGAGACGGAUGGCGGUGCGACAAGGACUUCGUCGGACAUAGGAAGGCUGUCACUUGCGCUCGUUUCAACAACAACAUAUUUGUGAAGGAAGGCAAGAAGUGUUGCUGCGCGGCCGUCGGUGCCAGAGACAGAGCGCUAUCUAUCUGGCUCACAUCUCUAAAGCGCCCCCUAGUGGUCGUGCAUGAUUUAUUCAGCGACAGUGUGUUAGAUCUAUCUUGGAGCUCUGAUGGUCUGAAUCUCCUCGCAUGCAGUUCAGAUGGUACAGUCGCUUGCAUACAGUUUACCAACAAGGAGAUUGGCACACCUCUAACACUAGAUGAAAAGAACGCCUUCUACGAAAAAAUCUACGGAAAGUGUCCUGCUAACGACUCCACUCUCUCCAACUUGCUGGUGGAGUGUCCUGAGAUCCUGCUCGCUAGAGAGAAGCCUGACGUCUGUCGAGACAGUCGGGACGCCUCACUCAUCAGUGAAAAGUCUCAGCAAUCCAAGCCAGCAUUCACACCAUCGCCCGUGUCUCUGCGACCAGUGGACCGACAGAUAGAAACACGCACUUCGGAUGGCAAACGAAGAAUCACACCUGUCUUCAUACCCCUUACUAUGGUGGCCAGCGAAUCUCUCGGCUCAAUACCAAUCGGCACAGAGAAUUGCUUCAGUACGUCGUCUCAGAGCAAAUCACGGAUCCGAGUGGAGAGACGGGACGACAUAGUGAUUCAUCCCAAUGUGAGCAACCAUGGGAAUUCAAGCCAACACAAUAAGAGUGCAGACAACGGUCUCGAUCAGCGAUUACGCAAGCGUUCAGCGCCUUCCCUCCCCGGCCCUAAAACUGAAGAGGUGCAAGUGAAGAGAAGUGGCAACGGCGCUCCGCCCCCCGCCUUUUACGCGCUGCCCGCGCCCGCGCUCGGUAGCGCCGGGCCCGUCGUGCGCGCCGCCGGAGCCCUGCGCCUGCAGGUGAUCAACAAAGCGUGUAACACUCAUUACGGCACGCUCUCCCGGUUACAACUGCUGCCCAACAAUUCCGCCUCCAGCGAUCCCGUCUGGGAAACAUAUUUAGGUUCCCCAGUGACGUGCAUAGCGUGCGACGCGCGCUCGGCCGUGGUGUCGUGCGCGGACGGCUCGCUGCACGCGUGGCGGCUCGCGCGCACCACGGCGCACAGAGCCCUCCCACCCAUUGCACUAAUGUCCCCGGCGGCCAGACUGACGCUCUCCGGCGACACGCUGGCGGCCGUCACCACGUCCGCCGAGCUCGGCAUCUGGGACCUCGCCAACGCGACAUGCAUCGUCAGGCCGCUAAGCUUUAGGAGCCUGAUGCAGCCCGGAGUAUCGGUAACAAAUUGCUCUCUACUGGAAGACGGGAAUCCAAUGAUCUCACUUAGCAACGGGAAAAGUUAUAUUUAUUGCAAAAAAUUGUACGCAUGGGUGGUGUGGACGGACGCUCGGGACCCGGUGUGGCGCGCGUGCGGCGGCCACGCCUCCACCCGCGCGCCGCGCGCCGCGCACGCGCUGUACCCCGCGCAGCCCCGACACACGCAGGCUAAUACAGGUUCUGAUGCGGCUCGAAGCUGGCUGGAAGCGCAAGUGGCUUCGUGCUUCCAUCUUAGACUAGCGAAGGACUACCGACAUUGGAUCAAGGCGUUAUUCGGACACCUCGUCAACCACGGUAAUGAGGAUCAGCUGAGAACAAUACUAGACGACAUGCUGGGGCCCAGCCAUUGUACCAGCACACCCAAAAAGUGGCAGGCCACAGUUCUGGGUAUAAAGAAGCACGACAUUCUAGACGAGAUGUUAUGUUUGCUCGUCCGUCAGCUACGCUGGCAGCGCCUCUACAGCGAGUACGUCGACCAGCUAAGGGACGUGCGCCAACCACGAGAGAGACCCCUGCUCAAUGGACACUGAAACCCGCGAUCUGAACAUACAGUAUAACUUAUUUCUAUUAUACAAGGUGCCCACGAGGAACAUGAGAUAUUUUAACCACGCAUUUUUGAAGCCAAAAGAAGGAAAAAAUGUUAUAUGAGUUUUCAAUUUCGCCAAAUAAUAAUUCUUUUGUCGUUUUUUUUUGACGUGAUAGUCUUAUAAAUUGAUGAACACCGGUAGCAUGCACGAAAAAGUGUCACGUUGUGGACAGAUCUCCAUGGUAACGUUGUGGACAGACCUCCAUGGUAACGUUGUGGACAGAUCUCCAUGGUAACGUGACAAAUUCAAUUCAUAAAUAAAAGUAUGCAAUUUUUCAUCAAUGUUUUCUUAUGACGUUAUCCGUCCGUAAACCGACUAAACCGGCUUUACAGACAACCAUAUUUUUUUAAUGUAUUUGUAUAUUAAAUGUAAAUGCUAUUUUAUUAAACUUUCACUCAAAAAUAAUUUUAACUUUUUUUGUAAACACUAACAGUGUUACUUGUCACUUUUUGACAUCUAUCAAUAACUUGGAAGAUAUAACCAACAGAGACGCCUUGUCUGUAAUUUGCUGUACAAAAAAGUGCCAAUUUUUGCGGGGGAGGGGAACGUCAAAUGUAUACGUAACGUCAAAAUAGUCAUGGCAGAUAAACGUCAGUCCAUACAUUGUGUAUGACCAUUGGCCGACUAUUUUCGACAGACGGGAACGCCUGGUAAUGGCUACUCCGUUUGGUUAUAUCCUCUAAGAUUAAUAAGGAUAUUUGGACAAGGCCAGCGGCAACAUCGCCAUCAAAAAGACGUUUUUCACUAAGUAUCAAUAAAAAAAAUGUUUUUUUUUUAUCUGGUUUUAACUCUGAAACUAGGCGAAUUCCAGAAAAGUUAUAGGACAUUAUAGUCUUUAAAUAUGAUUUGGAAUAGUGUUAACAUCUUUCUGGUUCCUCGUGGCCACGUUGUAUAUGUAUAACAGCGACAAAAAUGAAAAAAAAAACCGUCUCAUAUCUACAGAUUGAGCCAGUUCUACUGUCACACGUGUAAUACAAAGUUAAGGAGUAAUUUUGGCCUAGUCAGCCAUAUUAGUGUUCACGAUAUACGUUCAUAAUCAUAAUGUUUUUUUUUAGUAUCACUGCCAUUGAGUGAUGAUACUGUAUGAGUAUUGCAUAGGCUGUCCCGUACAAAUUUCUAUUUUAAAACACGUAUAAAACUAUAAAGAGUAGGUUGAUCGCGUGACGUCACAUGCUAGUGUUUCAAAUAAAUUCCAUAGUAGCAAAAUCGUUUUGCCAGUUCGAAAAAAGAAACUAAUUUGACUAGUAGGCAAAUACCCUACUGUAGGUAAAAUACGUCGGACACGUCCGCUCCAGUACUAUAGUUGGUCAAACCAAAUUGGCAGUAGAUAAGAACAAAAAAAACUAUACUCAUCCUUUUCUUUCGGGUGCUAGUACUUGUGUAAGAUAAAGAUAGUAUGAUUCUCUCUGUCUAUGUUUGAAAUGAGACAGUCCUUUGACAAACUAUAUUUGCGUUAACCCGCGCCAGCUAGCGAACGCCCUGAAACCGGUGUGGGAAAUGAACACAGCAACGUAUAUUUAUACAAUACUAUCGUAAAAACAUUUAACUAUCCAAAAUCUCCCAACUAUCACCGUGCUCAUUGGCUGUUUAUACAAAUCCUAAAUUCGUGUCGAUAUUAAGUAAGUGUAAAGUGUUCAUAUCAGUCUUAUGAAGUAGGUUUUGAAUGAGAAGAAUGCCUUGAGAGUGUGCUAUAGUAUUUAUAAUGAAAUAUAAUCAGUAGAUUUUAAAUCAUAGUUCAUAAAUACUGUAUCGGUUGAUACUAUAUCACCUUUUUUGCCUAAAUAAUCAUGAAAAAAAAUAUAUAUAUAUAUAUACAGUGUGGAAAAUUAAUAGGCCCAUAAUGAGGUAACUUAAGGUUUUAAGGUACUUUCCCUCCAGGGCCCAUUUUUUUUUUACUAAAUCGUUUCGUCAAGCAAAGAUAAAUAAAUCUAAGAGAAGAAAACAUUUUAAAUGUAUCUAUGAAAGUCACGCAAAGGUAUUAAAGGUCUUAUAUUAUUUGACCGAUACUAGAUAUAUAAUUAAAAAAAACUGCCAAGUAAUUAGGUAAUUAAAAUUAUUCAGUUUUACUGAAAUGAAAUGUAAUCUCUAUUUGUGGCGAUUUUAUAUAAAAACUUUCUCUCAACAAGGUGGAUUUCUAUUUGCAUAUUUGUAACCCCUUAUUAAGAACAAAGUGGCAUGUUUUGUUUGAGAAACUAUCCCCUAUCCGCCCACAGGCCUUUAAAAAGGUCGCCCAUUCCAUUGUAUUUGAGUCUUAAUGUUUACAAAUCAAAAUUGCAUUUGUCUUGGCAAGCUAUUACCUGGGGGCGGCUAGAGGCAAUGCGCAAUGUAUGUACAGUAUGAAGUAAUAAUUAGAUUUGUGUUUUUUUACACGAGUUUUUUUCAUCCAUCUUGUGUAACCAUUUUGUUACGACGGUAGGUCGAAACGUAAAUAUUUUAUAAUAAAAUGUGACGUUUUCAACCAAAGGCUACCACAUUGUCGGUUGUCGAUAAGGUUGAUUUCUAAUUGAAGCUAUAUGGAAAUAGCGCCAAUAAGUACCCUUUUGGUUGAAAAUGGCACAAAUGAUCACCUAUAAAGAAAAUACUCGCAUAGCUUAAAGCCGUGUCCAGACGGGUGUAACGUGUAAUGUAAGAUUACAUGUAUUAUAGUGUCAAGGUAUGGACGGCACUGCGAGCGCCUUUGUGUUCACGCUAAAAACCGAUAGCCGAUGGAUCCGGCACGAGCGUUACAUUUAAUGCUCGUUGUGCCGUCCACACACAAAUUCCUGUUACAUUACCUACACAAUGGAUUACAAUACACAUGCAACUUACACCCGUCUGGACCCGGCUUCAGCGGGUAUUUUACUUUACAAUUUUAAAAUAGUUUUAUCAAAUACCUACAUGUAUUGUUGAAUAUGCCAACGUAGUAACUUAAAGCCAGAUCCAGAUGGAUGUACCUCAUCAUAUCAGCCAGAGGACGUCCACUGCAGAACAUAGGCCUCCCCUAAAGAGUGCCUCAUGACCGGUCUUGCGCCACCCGCAUCCAGCGGACUCCCGCGACCCUAACCAGGUCAUCCGUCCACCUUGUGGGGGGUCUACCCAUGCGCCUUCCGGAUGUACAGUCGGAGGCAAAAAUAUCGAUUCAGACAAAUGGCUCAAAAAUAUGUGUACACGACUUUAUUGUCUAAGGUGUAAGAGCGUACACAUAUUUUUGAAACUUUGGGAAUGUAUAUAUAUUUAUGCCCUUGACUGAUAAACCUAGGUACCUACUGUACUGAUAAACUCGAGCGUAUGUUACACGUUACACCCGUCUGGACACGGCUUAACAUCGAGCAUUCGCAAUUUUUAAGCAGAUUCCGCGAAAUGUUCGAAGAACGCUUUCUUGAGAAUGUUCAUUACAAGUGAAUGCUCAAGAUAUCAGGGGCCCCUUUAUCAAAAGCCCCUUGUCCCUUUCUAACAAAAGCUGUCAAAAAGGGACUUCCACUUGUAUUACCUACAAGCUACAAGCUUUUGAUAAACGGCCCAGCACUUAAAUCCAGGGAUUAAAAGGAAUUCAGUAACGGACCAAUGUCCUGCGACAAGUAUCGGCGAACUCGAUGUAUCUGGUGAUGUCUCACUACUUUUUUUUGGUGUAUUCCCAUUUAUCCCCGCCGGGCACAGAUGGGAAUAUGUGUCUUCAUAUGAAUCAUUCCCAUCUGUCCCCGCCUCAUGUAUGGCGGCGGUCACGUGAGGCGGGGACAAAUGGAAAUACAGUCUUUUUUUAUGAUAUUGGAGGCAAUCGAGCAGACGAAUCGCCUGAUGGUAGACAACAAAGGGGUUGCAAAUGCGUUGCCGGCCUUUAAGAUGGUAAUACGCUCUCUUAGAAGGUUUGAAGGUGGUAUCAGCAACCACUACAGGUCGUUUCACGGAUGCUGGUACGAAUGGAAUGAAGAAAACUUUCAUUGUAUGAGUGACACAUGUACGGUAUACAAUCAGAGCCGCCAUUUUAUUGGUUAAUGUCACAUUUUUUGGGGACAAAAAACAAGACUAUGAAAAGAAUUUUGACCCAGAUACUGUGUUGUGUCCGGUUUAACCGGACACAUUCAUUUGCAAUACAUAACCCGAUAUCGUUGGCAACUUUUGAGCUCUUCACCUCUAGUAAAGUGGCGUAGCGUGAACAAACCUAGCCAUUUCAUUUCUAUGUCGCGAGGCCGUGGGCGAUGACCCACUUCGCCCACGCCUGACGCCACUGAGUAAAUCCCUGGCUUUAAAAAAUGUAAAUAUCGUAAAUUGUU